AUGCUUACUCAUGAUAAAUGCAAGCCAUAUCAGAAAGUUUGGUCAGACCUUAUUGUGGAACAAAAUUGUAUAUUAAAAGGUGCUAGGCUGGUUGUACCAAAAUGUCUAAGGAAACUUGUUUUGCAAGAAAUUCACUCUGAUCAAGUUGUAAGAUUCAAGGCCAUUGUCAGAUCAUUUGUUUGGUGGCUGGGUAUGGACAAAGAUAUAGAUGAAUAUGUAAAAGGCUGUGGUGAGUGUGCUGUUCAGCAAAAUAACCCACCAGUUGUUUGCCAACACCGAUGGGAAUGUCCAAAAUUUGCAUGGCAGCGACUUCACAUAGAUUUUGCUGGCCCUUUCCUAGAUCAUUCAUAUCUGAUAAUAGUAGAUGCUUACAGUAAGUGGCCUGAAGUUGUUCCCAUGAAACUGACGACAUCUUGUGCAACAAUUAAAGCUCUUAUGCAGAUGUUUGCUACCCAUGGACUAACCGAGAGACUUGUAUCUGAUAAUGGUCCUCAGUUUACCUCUCAAGAAUUCAAAGACCUUUUGAAGAUAAAUGGAAUUCAGCAUGUGCUAUCCACACCAUACCAUCCAUCCACAAAUGGCGAAGCAGAGAAAUCUGUACAAACAUUUAAACAUAAUAUGAAAUGUAGAGGGGCUACAGCAAUGUUGUGUCCUGCAUCAGUAAAUUUUUGCUUGCGUACAGGACAACCCCUCAUGCCUCAACAGAAAUGA